UUGAAAACGACGGCAACCAGAGCACAGACAAAUUCAAAGCACCAGUAGCAAGUAAGGCGAGCCUUGUUUUGGAGGGAGCGGCACUGCACUGUCCCAAGACGGCAUUUACUUUGACCGGCAUGUGAACUGUGUGCGACCUCUCCAGACUCUCAAACCUCUCUCUCUCUCUCUCUCUCUCUCUCUGCGGCAAUGUCCGCCAGUAGCUCAACCAGGUCCCAAAGAUCCACGUCCUCCAUCUCGCCCUUCCGGUCCCGGAAGCCACCGGCGCCACAGCUUAAGGCAACUAAGCCAGCCGGACGGCCGGUUACUCCUUCCUCCACCACGUCGUCUAGGCGGCCGUCGAAGCUCUCGGUUUCUCCGACGACCUCGCAAAGCCCGAGCCCGAGCCCGCCUACUCUGACCCUGGACCGCCCCGAUGUAAGCAAGGCCAAGGAGAAUGUUACGGUCACAGUCAGGUUUCGACCCCUCAGUGUUAGGGAGAUUAACAAAGGGGACGAGAUAGCGUGGUACGCUGAUGGGGAUUAUACGGUGCGGAACGAGUACAAUCCGUCCAUUGCGUAUGGUUUUGAUAGGGUGUUUGGUCCGGCAACAACAACGCGACAUGUUUACGAUGUUGCUGCGCAGCAUGUCGUAAGUGGUGCAAUGGAAGGGAUUAAUGGUACAGUGUUUGCCUAUGGUGUUACUAGUAGUGGCAAGACUCACACGAUGCAUGGGGAGCAAAAGUCACCUGGAGUUAUUCCCUUGGCAGUGAAGGAUGUCUUCGGAAUUAUACAAGAGACACCUGGGCGCGAGUUUCUUCUUCGAGUCUCAUAUCUUGAAAUUUACAACGAGGUCAUCAAUGACUUACUUGAUUCAACAGGGCAGAAUCUAAGAAUACGGGAGGAUGCUCAGGGAACUUAUGUUGAGGGAAUCAAAGAGGAAGUUGUUCUGUCCCCUGCUCAUGCUCUUUCCUUGAUAGCAUCUGGGGAAGAGCACAGACAUGUCGGUUCUAAUAAUUUCAAUCUACUUAGCAGUCGGAGCCACACUAUAUUUACCUUGACUGUUGAAAGCAGUCCACGUGGUGAAAAUCAUGGUGAAGAUGUGACCUUGUCCCAGUUGCACUUAAUUGAUCUUGCAGGAUCUGAAAGUUCUAAAACUGAAACAAUUGGAUUACGAAGAAAAGAGGGCUCAUACAUCAAUAAAAGCUUACUAACCCUUGGAACUGUGAUUUCUAAACUAACCGAUGGAAAGGCAACUCAUAUUCCCUAUCGAGAUUCAAAACUUACCCGUUUAUUGCAGUCAUCCCUUGGUGGCCAUGGACGGAUCUCCCUCAUUUGCACGGUGACUCCUGCCUCGAGUAAUAGUGAGGAGACACACAACACAUUGAAGUUUGCACAUCGGAGUAAGCAGGUGGAAAUUAAGGCUUCUCAAAAUAAGAUCAUGGAUGAGAAAUCUCUCAUCAAGAAGUAUCAGAAGGAGAUUUCCAGUUUAAAACAGGAGCUUCAGCAGUUAAAGUAUGGCAUGGUGCAUAUUCCUAAUAUGGCUGCAUCUACUCAGGAAGAUCUGUUUAAUCUGAAGCUUCAGCUGGAAGCGGGUCAGGUAAAACUACAGUCAAGAUUGGAAGAGGAGGAAGAUGCCAAGGCUGCUUUGAUGGGAAGAAUUCAGCGAUUGACUAAGCUAAUCUUGGUUUCUACAAAGAAUGCUAUGCCAUCAAGCAUUCCUGAAAGGCCUGGCCAAAGACGGAGGCAUUCUUUUGGGGAAGAUGAGCUAGCAUAUUUGCCAGAUAGAAAACGGGAACACAUGAUUGAUGAUGAUGUGCUUUCAACGGAAGGGAAGUGUGAUGUCACUAAUAUCGAUGAGUUGGUUAAAGAUUACAAAAGGAACAGAAGGCGUGGAAUGCUUGGCUGGUUUAAACUGAGAAAGCCUGAGAAUCUGGUAGGAUUGUCACCAAGUUCUGAUAGUGAAAGAUCUGCAAGUGGGUCACCUGCAUCUAGCUCAAAAUCAUCUCAAAAUAGAGUCAUCUUGAAUGAUAUGAAAGAUGGAGGGAGAAAAUCAGUCAGUAGAAGGGGAGAUGAAUCUGCUGUUAUUGACUCAUUUCCAGAGACAACCCAAGCAGGUGACUUGUUUAGUGCGACUGUUAGAGGUCGCCGUCUGCCGCCGACUGGGACCACUAUUACAGAUCAAAUGGAUCUUCUUUGUGAGCAAGUUAAGAUGUUGGCUGGGGAGGUGGCAUUGUGUACUAGUUCUCUGAAAAGACUCUCGGAGGAAGCAGGUAGCAACCCUGAUGAUUCACAAUUGAUGGAACAAAUGCAGAAGUUAAAGGAUGAAAUUAGUGAAAAAAAGCGUCAAAUACGUGUUUUGGAGCAACGUAUGAUUGGAUCUAUUGAGAUGACUCCACAUACAUCAAACAUCAGUGAGAAGUCUCAGGCUCUGUCCAAGCUUGCUUCUCAGCUAAAUGAAAAAACUUUUGAACUUGAGAUUAAAUCAGCAGACAAUAGGAUACUUCAGGAGCAGCUACAGAUGAAGUUAUCAGAGAAUGCUGAGAUGCAGGAGACAAUUCUUCUGCUAAGGCAACAGCUCAACUCAUUAUCAGAUAAUAGCUCUUGUAAUUUACAACAAAUUGCUGAUGCUGGGGCUCCCACUUUCAAGAUGUGUUCUGAACAGCUAUUGGAAAAUAAAAUUGAAGAGGGGAAAGGAUUUAGUUUAUAUGAAGAAAAUUGUGCUGAUGAAAAUACUCCAACAAGUGUCAUGAGUUUGAAUAGAAUAUAUUCUCUUGAGGAUUAUAAAGAAUGCAACAAUGAUUUGAAAAACCAAGUCCACAUGCAGGCUGCUGAGAUAGAGAAUUUGAAGCAAGAGAAGGUGACAUUGACUGAAGAAAAGGAUGGGCUUGAAAUUCAGACUCAAAAGCUCUCAGAAGAAGCCUCAUAUGCAAAAGAGUUGGCUGGGGCUGCAGCAGUUGAACUCCGAAACUUGGCUGAAGAAGUAACUAAACUGUCUUAUGAAAAUGCGAAGCUUACUGGUGACCUGACUGCCGCCAGAGAGGGUCACUGCAGAUCUAUCUGUUGCCAGAGGUCUGCUUUGUAUGAUUUCAAGCAAAAUAGCACAAACGGUGCUCGAGCUGAUGGACACCCAAGAAAGUCAGAGGAUGGAGUUUUGGUUGAGGAGUUUCAGAGGGAACUUAAUGCAAGAAAACAAAGAGAAGCUGUUCUGGAAACUGCACUAUCUGAGAGAGAUCAAAUAGAAAGUGACCUACGGAGAAGACUUGAUGAAGCUAAACAGCAUGAAGAAGAAUUGGAAAAUGAGCUCGCAAAUAUGUGGGUGCUUGUUGCAAAGUUACGGAUGUCCGGCACUAACACUGAUGACAUGGCAUCCAAAGGGAUGCAUGCAUCAAAUAUAUUGCAAACCAGAGUUAGAAAUGGAUUUCUUCAAUCUAAUGAUCACUCAAAUAAAAUAUUUGAAGAAGAUGAAAUCUAUGAAAACACGGAUAAGAUGAGUACAUUGGAAGAAUUACGAGCUAGCUAUCUGAAAGAAAGGAGAAGAUGCAAAGAGCUGGAAAACCUUGUUUCAAGAUUGAAGGGUGAAGAUGUUGCUGGCCUGGAUGUUACUGCUCUUGAAGAACUGCAGAACCUUCAUGUUGAGGCUAUAACAAAGAUUUGUCAUGCAAAGUGUACAAAUCAUGACUUAUGGCAUCCUGAGAUGAACCCGUAACAUGGGCUCUUCCACAGAUGGAGUUUCUCACCAUAAGUGCAGGUACGAAGUAGGCGUAACUAUUUCUGUACAGUCAACCAGUCAACUUCUUUGAUGACUCAUUUAUAGAGGUAGCAAAUCACGGAGAUGCAUUUUUCUCGUAAUUUAAGUAAGCCAGCAGAAGAUGGAUCAGCAGCACAUUGUUAUUACAAGAACUCCUUUUGUAUUAUAACAUUCGUAUUACUUAGCCUCUGUAUGGGAUAUACCCAUUUACAUUUCCUACCUUGUAGAUUAUAUAAUAGUAUAUAUAGAAAAGGAACUCCUGUAAA